UUGAUUUCAAGGGGACAUAUCAAAGCGCAUGUGCAAGUCCCACUCUUCCUUUCUGCAAAAUUCGUCGCAAUGGCUCCGGUGAAAAAGCAGACCACGAAGGGUGGGAAGAAGAAGAGGCAGGUGCUUAAGUUCACUUUGGACUGUACUCACCCUGUGGAAGAUGGCAUCAUGGAUGCUGCUAACUUUGAGCAGUUCCUUCAGGAGCGCAUUAAGGUGAAUGGAAAAGCUGGCAACCUGGGCGGUGGUGUAGUGACCAUUGAGAGGAGCAAGAGCAAGAUCACGGUGACCUCUGAGGUCCCCUUCUCGAAACGAUACCUCAAGUAUUUAACCAAGAAGUACUUGAAGAAGAACAACUUGAGAGACUGGCUGCGCGUGGUGGCCAAUACCAAGGAGAGCUACGAGCUUCGCUACUUCCAGAUCAACCAGGACGAGGAGGAGGAAGAGGAUGAGGAUUAAACAUCACGCCCGCCAAUUUUCUAACAUCAAUAAAUUCUCCAUCCUCUUUGAA